AAAUGCAAACCUAAGAGUGUUAUCAAAGUCAACAACCUACAUCAAGCGACUGUGGAUAGAAGAACUCGUUAAUAAAUCAAUCAAUUACCGCAUCUUUUAAUCAGGUUCUCUCAACCUCCGGAGCUCCACACGUUUUUAAUUAAACAGAUUGGAGCCAAGCGUGGAUGAGAUCUUUGAUUAUUCAUGAGUCAAAGCGUUCGAUCGACUUUUGAACGUUUUUUUUUUUCGCGCGGGUCGUUAUCCUAACACAUAGCAACAAGAUUGAACGAACGGAAAUUAAAGCAAAACAACUCCCCCGUCGUGAGAUAAAGUGUGUGACGGAUCAAGAUUAUUUCGAUGUCCACGAAAAUAUUAAUCAGCAGAUAUUUAACUAUGAUUUCAUGAAAUUCAAGAACCACAAACACAACAAACUCGCUUCGCAUCGUCCAAGAAACUUGCAGAACAAAGUUGGGGUUGUAUCAGAGUUUUAGUGAACGGCUUUGGGACAAAGCAUUUUGGCGUGGUGAAUUGAAAAGAGUCUGCUGGUUUGUGUAGAUUUCUUUAAAACUCCAGGGAUGGGAAAAGAGCAAAGCAAGCUGAAACCACGAGAUCUCAACGAGCUGGCGAGAACGACGACUUUUAGCCAGCAAGAAAUCAAAGCUUAUUACAAAGAAUUUAAAAAGAACAGUAAGACCGGAGCGAUGACGGUGGACGAUUUCAAACAACUUUACUCAAAAUUUUUUCCGGAUGGAGACCCAUCAGAGUUCGCACAACACACGUUUCGCGUCUUCGACGAGAAUGGAGACGGAAUAUUGGACUUUCGAGAGUUAAUCGUCUCCAUGUCUGUCAUGAAGAGGGGCAAUAUGGAUGACAGAUUGAAAUGGGCAUUUAAUAUGUACGAUAUUGAUGGAAAUGGUUAUAUAACGAGAGAUGAAUUACUGGAUAUACUGACAGCAAUCGAGAAGUUAUCUGGCAGCGAGAAUGACGAGCAUUGUGCGGCGGAUAUGGCGAACGAUAUAUUUGAACGCGUGGACAAGAACGCUGAUGGAAAGCUAUCUUUGGAGGAGUUUCUUGAAGGAGCUAAAGUUGACAAUGAUUUAGCCUCCAUGCUGCACAGCAUAUAGUUUGUCGAAAGCAAAGCAAGCCAACUUUUUAAAAUUACACUUGAAAAUGUAACCCCUUCUCAUCUCGUGUACACUUUUUUCGAAGAGAUUUUCAAAGAAAUUUGGGGUUCUGAGGCAAACAUCUAGUUCUACGUAAAUUUCCAAAUAUCAUAUAUAAUUCAUAUACUAAAAAUUUAUCUUAAAGCUACGUUACGCGUACCAUAUCAUCACCUCCUUCACAAAUAUCCCUCCCCUAGAAAGCCCUGUGAUUUUACAUCACGUUGCCGACGUGAAUGGCUAAGCUUAUAGUUAAAAAUUUGGGAACUAACACAUCGUCAUCAAUUUGAAUCUGCCAUGUUGAUUUCAUGAUUUGUAACUGCUGAUCAAAGUCGCAAGUCUAGCCUUUGACUCGCCAAAUAUUGCGAGUGUGGUCGCAAAAAUGCAAAAUAUUUGAGAUAAACAUGCUUAUCUUACUAAGGCGUUGCCAUAAAAAAAAAUAAAUCCGAUUUAUAGGCUAUCGAUCUCCUGCCAAAAUACAUAAUUUUGAAUUCAGGUAAACAUGUUUAUGUGAACUCUUUACUUGAAACACAACACCUAUAAUUAUGUCAACUUAGAAUUAAUACUCACAGGACGAUCAUACGAUCAGAGAGCUCGCGU